ACUUCCGUAUUGUUCAAACAAACUUGCCGCUAACAUGGUCGGGUCCCAAUGUUCUUGACUCCGUAGAAAGCUUGAGCUCAGUGUUAAGUAAGCAAACGGUAUGAUCCGUAAUUUUCUUACAUUAAAACUGGCAGUAGGUAGCAGACUACAGACAGAUUGUAGGCUAACUAGCUAGCAAUGUAACUAGCUGAUUGAGAUUAAGCAAGCUAGUGCUAAAGCUAUUAGAGCUCAUGUUAAACCUCCUGCCACAGCUUGCCAGUAAUGUAGCUAGGCGAAUGAAUUCGGUUUACGUUAGCUGUUCCGUGUUUUGUGAUUGACACAUCCCUCGAAUUUUGUAUACAUCUGUCAAUUUCUAACAUUAUCAAAACACUCAAUGAUCAAGUUGCAGCUUAGUUGGUUGCUAAAUUCUGCUCAGAUCACCUUUUUCCUGGUUGUCACGUGGUAUGGUCUAAAAUGAAUCGAAUACGAUUUUAGUGGACUAAAGGCAAGGUAGGGAACCACUAUACGCAAUGGAUCCUGAGGUGUCUGUGUUGCUUCACUGCGCAGAUUGGAGAGGACUUGUAAAAUCCCAGGUGCACGUGGAGCUCUCUGAAAGAUUUAAUCGUCAGACAGACCCAGUUCUAGAGCAAAACAUAGAUGAGGUGUGGAAGGAGAGAAUAAUCAACGAACCAUGGCUUUUCAACGGGGCCAAAUUCCGACUGCACUCUUUAACCCUGACACCGCCCCCUUCUCUUUUACCCCAAGCAACGCCCCCCACUGCACCUCAAACACUUUGCAAAGGUAGAUGUGGGGACGCAGGUGGUGGAGAUUCUCCUACUUGGAUGAAGAAAGGCUGUUUGUGUGACAAAGACAGAUGUUUGCCUGCAAUUUCUGCGUUUGAUGCCCAACUAAACUCAAGCUGUGGAAGAGUAAGAGACCACAUUGACCAGUCAGGACACACAGACAGAGGUCCAAGCUGUGGGGUGAAUGAAAUAGAAACACGAACCUCCACUCAAACCACAGAUUUCAAUGCAGGAGAACCAAGAGUAUGUAACAUGUUUGGGACUAAGCUCCAGCCCCAACUUCAACCCGGCCCAGAGAGAGACACAUGCAGAAAGAACAAGGCUCUACUGACACUGAGGUUGGGGCUGACCUGCUACAAGGACUUCCUGGGCACCAACUGGUCUCAAAAGGCAGGGGAACUGCGCCGGCGUGGGGAGACCGAGUUUGGGGAUCCGCUGGCUCUAUUGGCUCAACCGCUGGGGGUGGGUGGAGUUUUGUGCACCCGUGACGGACAGGUGGUGCUGAUCAGACGAAGCCAGAGAGUGGCAGAGGCAGGAGGGCUCCUGGACAUUCCUGGGGGGCACCCCGAACCAAAGGCAGUGUGUGAGGGUGUGUGUGUGCGAGAGGACAAGAUCAGUGUGGAGCUGCUGCAGAAAAGAGAGGAGGCUGUGGUCACAGAGCUGUUUUCCUCUGUGUGCACAGAGAUCAGAGACGAGGUGAAUGUUCCCAUGGGUUCUUUAGGAGAACCAGUGCUCAUGGGUGUGGCUCUGAAUCAUACUAGCUCUGGGAGACCCAGUGCAGAAUUCUACAUAAGAUGUUCACUAAGCUCAGCAGAGAUCCGAGAGCUGUACUGGCAGGGAGGGACUGAGGCCCAUGAGUCUACAGACAUUGUUUUCCUGAGCCAAACGGAUCUUCUACAGUUGGACAAGAGCUCCCCCCUCUGGUCAGAGUUGUGUCCAUCAGCCAAGGGUGCAGUGGUGCUCUAUCAAUUGGUGCUGCCUGACCAUGAAGCAGACAGCACUAAACCAACACAGAGUCCAUCCACUUCAACAAGCUAGCAAGAUGACUAAAAACAAAUAUUCCUUGCAAAUUUAUGGGGCUAUACCAAAGCUUGUUUUUUAAAAGGUGGUCAUAUGAAGACCGGCCACUAAUGUUCUAACCAAAGGGUAACAGUGUUCGAGUAAAUAUAUUUUUAAUGUGUGGCAGAUAUUUAUUCAAAAGACAAUAGUUUUUUAUUAUUAUUGGAUAAUACAAACAGGGUUCAAACAUAUAUGUCAAUAAACAAUAUGAAACAAAAUGGUUCAACAAUCAACAUUUAAUCUCUUCACUUCAGGUUCUUAGUUCCGCUUUAUAUGUGUUUCAUUACAAUUACUUGACUCAAGGUUCAGAGUUUAAAGCUUAGGAUAACAACCUAUCUAUCCUUUAUCCCCCUGGCACUCAUCCUUUACAUCACACACACAAACUUCAACUUUGAUACAUCAAAGCCAAGUUGGCAUUACAUCUGCAGGACAACUUCAGUGCUACAGAUGCCCUGCAAGCAGUUGCCUCCACACAAACAGCUUCAUACAUAGAACCCUCAUUAGAGGAAGAGAAUUAUUUAUCUGUUACAAUAGCACAUUCACAUGCAGCUGCUCACACAGUGAGCCUGUUUUCAGAUGGCUCCAUGCACAUGGACGACAUUCUUCCCAAUGAAGGCCCUCUCAGUACAUGUCAAAAUCAACACAAUAGUAAACAAUGUUUUAACUCUUUACCUGUAAACAAACAUGCAUAUUUAUAUGUGAGGUGUCCUAUUGUUGAACACAGCAGAUUUGAACAUACAUAAUGAACUUUAGCUUAUCGGUUGCUGUUAUGUUAAGAAAGUCAUUUGUUUUGAAAGCCAGGAUGCUUUUAUGUAUUCAACACAGUGAAAUAACUUUGUCAUGAAAUAUAGAU